AACCAUGAAAUCUAUGAGAUGUGAUAAAAGACCAAGGGAUGAAGCAGUCGAAAUGGUUAAUGAUCCCCCAAAGUUCAUGAUCACGGAUAAAACCCCACCACUACUCAUGGCUUGGUGGAACGAUAUGCAUGAGUUUAGGCGAACUGAGAUAUUCAAACAUCUUGGUUUCCUCACAGAUAUCAUGAGAUUUAGUCCUGACAGAUAUUUGAUCGAGGCUUUGAUCCCUUUUUGGGAUUCUACAAGCAAUGUGUUUCGCUUUAGCGAUUUUGAGUUGACGCCUACAUUGGAGGAGUUGGGUGGUUUCACAGGGUUAGGCAAGGAUCUCCGAAGCAAAACACUCAUAGCCCCAAGAAACGUCAGCGGGAACAAAUUUUUAGAACAAAUGCACAUCAUCUAUCCUCAUAAGGAGUGUUUCGAUAAUGGGUUGGCUUCCUUGGAAUUUCUAUACUCAAGAUAUGGAAAGAAAGAAGGAUUUUCAGACUACGGGAAACAACUUAAAAAUGGGCAACACCUCCCUACUUGGGAAAAACAUAGACAAGAAGCAUUCAUGGUGGCCUUUUUGGGAACCAUGGUUUUUCCAAGAAGGGAUAAAAAAAUCAGUAUUCGUCUAUCGGGAAUAGUCGUUGUUAUGAUGAAGAAAAAGAAAUCCACUAUUUUGCCAAUGAUGUUGGCUGACAUUUAUCGUGCUUUGACUAAAUGUAGAGAAGGGGAAGACUUUUUUGAAGGUUGCAGCAUUCUAUUGCAAAUGUGGUUUUUGGAGCACUUGUAUCGCCAUCGUUUUGCGACAGAUUUCAAAUCUGAAUGGACGAAUUAUAUUUUGAGCCACCCAGACAGGAUGAAGGAAUUAGUAGACAAAUUGCCAAAAGGUGUCAAAGCGUGGAGACAUUAUCUUCUUAAAUUAACUGCAUCUGAUAUUACAUGGAACUAUCAUUGGUUCCCUGCAAGUGAGGUAAUUGUUAUGUCUUCCUAUCGUCCAUUCUUUGUUCUGACGGGCCUUCAAGGAUUCCAACCAUACAUACCCCUUCGGGUGCUACGCCAACUAGGACAAAAACAAAUCUUACCUAGGGCCGAGGAUACACAGAGUUUCGUAUGGGAGGUGUCGUCUGAAGAUCGAGAUCGAGAAUCAAAAGCUCAAAAGAUUUGGGGUGGUAGUCGAACUUUAAGCUCGAAAGCUAUGGUAGACGAUCGUGUUGAAGAAGAAGUAGACCCCUCAUACCUCCAUUAG